AUGCUGGAAUCGGUGGCCGAUACAGUUCUUAACAAUAUCGAUGCUCGUGAUGAGAUUUUUCAUGAAAAUACAAUAUCCGAGGUUCGCAAGCAGAGCGAGAUUCCUGGCCGUGUGAUUGAUGUUAGGGCUGUGCCUGCCUGUUCUGAGGAAUUAAAGCCUGUAGUUGGUCAGAAGUUCCAAUCAUUAGAUUUUGCACUCGCGUUUUAUGAUGUGUAUGCCAGGGCCGUUGGUUUUGAUACGCGCAAACAAGGGGUGAGGAAGGUGGAAGAUGUUACAACCUGGUAUUAUGUCGUAUGCAAUAUGGAAGGCCAUAAGAAGUCCAACGAGGAUGACCAGUUGAAUGCACAUUUCGGUUUCUCAAUGAAGCGUCGACGCUUAUCCAAGAGAUGGGUUGUAAAGCGAGUAUAUCCUUCAAGUAUUUCUCUGAUAAUGGACAUGCAGAAAUUCAUACUUGAUUGUUCAAAAGCGAAUAUUGGACCCACAAUGACAUUUAAGGUGUUGAAAGAAACUCUCGGUGGGUUUGACCUCGUCGGUUGUACGGUUGGUGACAUCAGGAAUGCUUCACGCGACAUUAAAGCAUAUGCACAUGGAUUCGAUGUGCAAAUGGUGUUGGACGACAUGGCUAAAAAGAAGGAAAUGUCUGAGUCGUACACAUAUCAUUAUGAGGUUAACGAGAAGAACCGGUUGGUUGCUUUGUUUUGGUGUGACGGCUUGAUGAAAAGGAAUUACCAUAUGUUUGGUGACAUUGUAGCCUUUGACACCACGUAUAACACAAACAGGUAUUGCAUGAUAUUCACUCCUUUCACGGGAAAGGACAAUCAUGGAAGACCUGUAACCUUUGCGGCUGGCUUGGUAUGCAAUGAGAAAACAGGGGCAUUUGGCUGGUUGUUUAGACAUUUCGUUGAAUGCAUGGGCAUAGCACCGAAGAUGAUCGUGACAGAUCAAGACAAUGGAAUGAGAUCGGCCAUUGAAGAGGUUCUGCUUGAGCCUGACGAAUUUGAAGAGGGGUGGAAAAGAGUUGUGGAAAGUCAUGGGUUGGAAGACUUUGACUGGUUUAACUCAUUGUACGAACACAGGCAUUUCUGGAUACCGGCGUAUUUUAGAGAUUUUCCACUGGGUUCGAUGAUUAGGACUACGUCCAUUUCUGAAUCGGAGAACAGUUUCUACAAAAGAUUUUUGAAGCCCCGUGCGAACAUAGCCGAGUUCUACUUGAAUUUCAACCAUGCUGUUGAGUUUCAGCGAAACAGUAGGACAACUUUAGACUACCACGAUGCCACUGUUUUGCCCAUUUUGGCCACUACCUUGCUGUUCGAGAAACAUGCUUCGACGCUAUACACCGAUACAAUGUUCAAGAGAAUAUAG